AUGGAGGAGGGAGGCGAGCAAACGAGUCUUCUGGUCAAGGAAAAUGUGAGCUGGGCUAUAGGAUAUGGAGUUGCCACUACAUGCAUAGGUCUUGCUUUGAUAGGAUUUCUGGUGGGAACACCAAUAUUCCAACAAGAUGAGCCUUGUGGUUCUCCAGUGAAGAGUAUUUUCCAGGUUAUUGUUGCCUCUUUUAGGAACAUGACCUUGGAAGUACCUGCUGAUAGCUCUCUUCUGUAUGAGGUCAAGAGCAACCACAUACAAAGGACAAUACUUGCUCACUCCGAUGAUUUUAGGUUCUUAUAUAAGGCAGCAGUUAUUUCUGAUCCAAGCUUGGUGUAUGGAGGGUGUCGAAGCUCAUGGAGUUUAUGUACGGUUACUGAAGUUGAGGAACUGAAAAUACUUAUCCACUUACUCCCAAUAUGGGUGACUGGAAUAUUCUUUGCUGCUGCGAUCUCUCAAAUGCACACCACUUUCAUUCAGCAGGGAGCUGUGAUGAACACCAAGAUUGGUUCCCUGUCCAUUCCACCAGCAUCCUUGUACUCAUUUGAAGUGAUAUGUGUCACGCUCUGGGUACUUUCUAUGAACAAAGUGCUUGUGCCGGCAACCAGAACGUAUUUUGCAAAUGGAGCAGAGCUCACACAGUUACAGAGGAUUGGAAUCGGUCGUUUCCUGAUGAUCUUUGCCAUGGCAAUGGCCGCACUUCUAGAAACCAAGAGGCUGCAGAGUGUUCAGGAGGGGGAACUGCUAAGCAUUGUAUGGCAGCUUCCACAGUACUUCGUCAUUGCUGGGGCUGAGUGCUUCGCAGUCAUCACUCAGCUGGAGUUCUUCCAUGGCCAGGCCCCAGACUCCAUGAAGAGCGUAUUAACAGCAUUCGCGUUGCUCACCACUGCCCUUGGGAAUUACUUGAACUCAGCUAUCAUCACGCUCAUUGCAUGGGUGACCAGGGUAUGGCAUAGCCCUGGAUGGAUACCGGAUCAUCUGAACAAGGGACACCUUGAUUACUACUACUGGUGUCUUACAGCCCUCUCGUUGGUGAAUUUUGUUGUGUAUCUGUAUUUUGCUAGUAAAUACAAAUUGAAGAAAAUUGUUAUCUGCUAA